AUGCAGGGCCGCCACAGCCCCUCGCCCCACUCCUCCCCCAGCAACGGUGCUACCAGGAGACCGGGGUCCGUCCCACCUGUCCCCGGCCCCGUCCCAACUGCAGUCCCAGUGUCAGCCCACUACAGCCAUACCCCUCCCAUCCAGAGGUCCAGUAUCAUACACCUGAGAGACGUCAACCUCCAGGCCCUCCAGGCACCCAGCUUCCAGCCGGACGACCCCCAGCCCAGCUACAAGCCUCCUCUGGUGGGCACCCUGAAGACCUGUGCCACUUACCCCCAGCAGAACCGCUCUCUGUCCUCCCAGAGCUACUCUCCAGCCCGCCUGUCUGGGGUCCGUUUGGGCACCGGGGUCAACCACGCCCACCCGGGGGUCCCAGGCACCACGGAGCCCUACAACAUGCCUGGGGAGCACAAGUCCCAUACCUAUACCAAUGGCUUCAACGCGAGCCACAUACAGGACUGUCUGGAGUUCGCCGACGUCGACUUGCCUCAGACCUGGGGGAGCAGUAGCGUCACCAGGACGGGUUCGGGGUCCGACAAGGUCAAAAGUCAGAUGGGUAGCGCUGGUGGGGGUUGCCUGGUGUACUGCCUGCAGCAGAGGCGAUGCAAGAGGGAGAAGUGCUCCUUCUACGGGCGACCAGAGACAGAUAACUACUGUUCCUACUGCUUCAAGGAGGAUCUGAAACACAAGGAGAGGGAGGCCAAAGUCCUCAGUAGGCCUGGAUAGCCCCUGGUACCGCGCCAGCCAGAGGUGCUGCUACUCUAGCCUGGUGUACUAUCUAUCACACUACAGGUACUGCAAACCCUGCUGCUGACAACGCAACACAACAGAAGACAACAGAACUGUG